AUGAAAACCACAGCACUUCUAAUAUUCGUUUUAGCAGUGGUCCUGGUUGUGCCCAUCUCUGCAAGUGAACAAACCCACAGAGAAGAUCUUCAGCGUGCACUGCUUGGCAUACGUACACAGACAGCAAUUUAUGCACAAUCAAAUGCUGACUGUGUGUGCCCGCCAGGUCCCCCAGGACCACCAGGGCCACAAGGUGCGAGGGGUAUAAAUGGACCUAGGGGAGAAAAUGGCAGUGAAGGUGUUGCUGGUGCUGUGGGACCAAUAGGCCCACCAGGCCAGCGUGGUACGGGAGGAAGACCAGGUGUGGCGGGAGUAAUUGGACCGACCGGACGCAGAGGACGUCGUGGUUUUGCUGGACCGCAAGGACCACAAGGGCCAAUUGGAGCGCAAGGUCCACAAGGUCCUAUAGGCGAUACUGGCCAAAAGGGAGAGAUGGGUGCUUAA